AUGCGUACAGAGGUUAUCAAGGCGGACACCAUUGAUGUGGCCGUCGAAAGGAUUCUCGUUGAACUUGGGAAACACACUACAAGCAGCAGAGAGAAUGCCAUCUAUUUUGAUGGCUGGGAUGGUCUUGGGGCAUCUUCCGUCCUGCAAGCCGUAGCCAAACGCCUUGAAGUAUCAAAUGAGCUGUCAAAGAGGCCUGCAGGGCUAGAGUUUGAGAAAAUCAUCCACAUUGACUGCUCAAAGUGGAAGAGCAGAAGAGCAAUGCAGAGGGAAAUAGCAGAGCAGCUGAACCUUCCCAACUGGGUGAUGGAGAUAUUUGACAAGCAAGAUGAGGAGGAUGAUUUCAAUGGAUUAGAUGAAGGCUCUCGAACUGAGAUAGCACAAGUUGUCAGAGAGAUCUAUCAAAGAACACAGAAUCAGAGAUUCUUGGUGAUCCUGCACAAUGGAAGCAGUGAGGAGAUUGAUAUAUUCGACUUCGGUCUUUCUUUAGAUCGAUAUUCUAGUAGCAAGAUGUUGUGGACUUUCCAAGGGAGGUUUCGGCUUGAUCCCAAGAUGAUAGACAGUGUGAAGAAGAGCACAACAACAGGUGUUCUUCUUUCAGCUUCAGGAGAUAGGCAAGAUCCACGGGAGCUUUGGUCAUAUCUAGUGAGCCACGAGGCUGCACAAGUUUCCAGCAAUAAGUAUGGCCAUGUCAUCAUCGAUCCAGCUAUUGCUGCUCAGUGCGUCUUGUAUAUGUUGAAGCAAUCUUGGAUUGGCUCUCGCAUCAUUGACUAUGACAGGGCUAUCCACACCAGUAACUAUUGGAUAUGCGAUGGCAUCAUUGCACUGACAGACAUUGACAGAGCAUGGAGAGUUGGUGAUGUUUUGCAGCAUGAGAUGCCAUUCUUGAACAUUGACACCCAUCUCAAGAAUGAUGAAUCAGCAGGAAUGGCUUCCUAUCACCUGGCAAAGUCUGCUGAGCACAUGCCGUACUGGAUAUCGACAACAACUUCAACUUCCGGAUUUGUAGUGAGCCCCUCCGGUGUAAUUCCUGAGAAUAUGUUUUCGCACUCGCACAUGCUCGGCGUGCUCAAGCUCUCAAGGUGUGCCUUCAGUUUCUCAUCGCCUCCAUUCCUCUGUUGCCACAGCCUGAGAUUCCUGUGGCUUGAACAUUGCCGAGACCUCGUAACAGGGAGAAGUACAACAGAUCAUCACCAUACAGAGGCAAACAAGGAGUUGGGCAACCGGACCACGACAUCGUGGGAAUGCUUCCAGAGCUUGUGGGUGCUUGACCUGCGCUACACAGGUUGGGAUCAGAUCUGGUCCACAAGGGUGAUGGAUCUAAUGACCCAGCUCAGGGAGCUAAACGUGAUGGGAGCUGAAAACUGGGACAUGAGCCAUUUGCGAGGACGGCUGCGUAACAUUCGCAAGUUCCGGGUAACAAAGUCCACGUGCUUCUUCAGUGACAACAUGCUCUCGGAGAUGGAAAAUAUGGAGCUUCUUGAUUUUCCGGGAAACAUCAUCAGACAAGGCAUGGCAAGCAACAGUAGCCUCAAGACCGUGAUUAUUGAUGAAUUUGAUGGUUUAAAAAAAUCUUUUAAGGGCAAUAUGGAAUUGAAGAACUUGUACAUGAAAAGAAUUUCGAGGGGUCUCGAGGAGCUGGACCUGUCGGAUACAAGUGUGAAAACUCUUGACCUCAGAGGAGUGGAAGCCAAAUCACUCCCUAAGCGGAUUAUCCUGCUAGGCUGCGAGAAUGGCCGUGCACAUUGA